CGAGCGCUGGGAGGGUAGCGGGACUUCAGUGCUGGGCGCCGCUCCGGGGCUGGUCAUGAACGGGCCGGCGGACGGCGAAGUGGACUACAAGAAGAAGUACCGGAACCUGAAGCGGAAGCUCAAGUUCCUCAUCUACGAACACGAGUGCUUCCAGGAGGAACUGAGGAAGGCACAGAGGAAACUGCUGAAGGUGUCCCGGGACAAGAGUUUCCUCCUAGACCGGCUCCUGCAGUACGAGAACGUGGAUGAAGACUCUUCGGACUCAGAUGCCACUGCAUCUUCAGAUAACAGUGAGACAGAGGGGACACCCAAGUUGUCGGACACGCCAGCCCCCAAGAGGAAACGAAGCCCUCCGAUGGGGGGUGCCCCCUCGCCCUCCAGCCUCUCUCUGCCUCCUUCAGCAGGGUUUCCCCUUCAGGCCUCCGGGGCCCCCUCCCCAUACCUGAGCUCGCUGGCUUCCCCCCCCUACCCCCCAUUCCCUUCUGACUACCUGGCCCUGCAGCUGCCCGAGCCCAGCCCCCUGAGGCCCAAGCGGGAGAAACGGCCCCGCCUGCCCCGGAAACUCAAGAUGGCGGUGGGACCCCCUGACUGCCCUGUGGGAGGGCCGCUGACCUUCCCCAGCCGGGGUUCUGGGGCUGGGGUGGGGGCAGCCCUGGCCUCACUGCCUCCCACUAAGAUGCCCCCCCCUACGAUCCUGAGUGCAGUCCCUCGGCAGAUGUUCAGCGAUGCAGGCAGCGGGGAUGAUGCCCUGGAUGGAGAUGAUGACCUGGUGAUCGACAUCCCGGAGUGACCCCCUCUGCCCAGCCCCUGUCCAGCCCCCUGUGCCAGCACAUGAGCCCCAGCUUCCACAGAGACAUUUAUUGACGCCCAGUUGCCAUGCUGCGGCCACUGACACAAUCAGAAGAGGCGUAAACAUGCACAAACGUCCCCUGGAAGGAGGGCCCCUCCCCAGGAAGGGCAGGAGGCUGCCCUCACAUCCUGGCCCCGUCCCGGGGACACUGAUUUAAAUGAGUGGCUGGGAACAUCUGCCACCCCUCGGAGAGGCCGGGACCCUGCGGUGCCUCCCCCCUCCAUUUAAAAGGGCAGCUGUACAGGGCUAGAUGUGUUGUUUUCAAACGAAGAUUCUGUAGUAAAGGAGUGGCUCUUUUUUGGGUUU